ACAACCAAAUGGCACCCUAUUCCCUAUAGUACGCUAUACUUUUGACAAGAGAGAAUAGGGUGCCAUUUGAGAUUGAACUAUAUUUAGAGGGCUGAGGGAGGGGAUAAGGUUAGCAUUUGGGAAAUAACCAUACAGUUGUUGGGAAAGACUAUUAAAUGCCUAGGCGUUCGACCUUUCCAUAUGUAUAUUUUAUUUUUCAAACAUUGAUGAUGUAUUUGAGUACACAGGAAUGCUCAACCUUUUACAAACGAUAUUGGACACUUUAACAAGCCUGAAGACGGUGACGCGUACCUGUAACCUAGAUUAAUGCACAGUGAUGACUUCGUUAUAACUGAAUGAUAUUCGAUAGGUAGCAGACAUCGUUUAUGAUCGACAUCCAAUCGACGGUGAGUGUUUUAUUCUUCAAUAGGCCUAAUUACCGCUUCGGUUUGUUAAUGCUGGAGGCGUCGUGCCGCUUCGGAGACAGCUCACUUGGCUAAAGUCAAUCGUCUUGAGGAAACGUGCCUUCACUUGUUGUCACUAUAAAAACAGACCUUCAUCGCUGUUCUCUCUCAACUGUUCACACAAGCAGCAGCUAGGCUACCUGACUGUCUCAGUAUGUUCUAGAACAGUCUUCAGGGAUGUUCAAGAUGAGACGCUGGACUUUACUUGUCGUGAUUGCUCUUUGUGUGUCUCCGUUUCUUUUGGCUGGUCCUUCCAGCUCUUCAGGUCCAGUCUCAGAGACCCAGAGCCGCUGUGCUGGCCGGGCCUGUAACCCUCCCAUGGGGAACCUCGCCUUGGGCCGAGGACUACUCACCCAGUCAGUGUGUGGAGUCAACUCCACUGAGCCCUACUGCUCCUACCAGCAGAUGUUUAGCUCUACCUCUUCCUUCCACAGAGACACUUCCUGUCCAGCAGCACCCAAAUGCAGCAAGUGCAACGCAGCUCUCCCCCACCAGGCUCACCUGGCCUCUGCCAUGACCGAUUCCUCAUUCCGAUACCCAGAUACCUGGUGGCAGUCUGCCGAGGGGGCGGAGACAGAAACCCUCCAACUAAACCUGGAGACAGAGUUCUACUUCACGCAUCUGAUCCUGGUGUUCCGCUCCCCUCGGCCCGCCGCCAUGUUGCUGGAGCGUUCUCAGGACCACGGGAGGACCUGGAAGACCCUCAGGUACUUUGCGAGGGACUGUGAGGACACCUUCGGCCUGGCAGAGGAGGCUUGUGUGAAGGAGAAAGGAGAGAGCGGGGCGGCCUGCACCUCCAAAUACUCAGGAGCGUUCCCAUGUACCAGAGGAGAGGUGAUCUAUCGCGCCCUGUCCCCCUGGUACUCACUGGACCCCUACGGCCCAGCAGCCCAGACUCAGUUGAUGGUCACCAACCUGCGGGUGCGUCUGCUGCAGCGCCAGCCUUGCCCCUGCCAGGCUAAAGACCCAGAUAUCCAGGCACUGCCCACGAACCAUUAUGCCAUCUAUGACUUCAUCGUCAAGGGCAGCUGCCUCUGCAACGGGCACGCCGAGCACUGUGUGCCAGCCAAUGGGUACCGCCCCGCCAGGCAGAGGAUCAAUCACGUGGUCCAUGGGAAAUGUGUGUGUAAACACAACACUGCCGGCGACCACUGUGAGCACUGUGUUCCCCUCUACAAUGACCAACCCUGGCAAGCUGCCAACGGCAUCAUAGGAGCACCUCGUGAAUGCAAGAAGUGCAAGUGUAACGGCCAUGCAGAUAGCUGUCACUUUGACCGUGGUGUGUGGUUGGCAUCGGGACGGCGUAGUGGGACUGUGUGUGACGUCUGCCACCACAACACAGAGGGCAGACACUGCCAGAGCUGCCGUAGAGGAUUCUACAGACACCCCAGCAGACCUAGCUCUGCCGCUGACUCCUGCACACCAUGUGCCUGCCACCCUGUAGGGUCUAGACCCGCGAUCUCAGGUGGCCAGGACCUCUGUAACCCUAGCAACGGGGCAUGCACCUGCAGAUCGGGCGUGGGUGGACCUCUCUGUGACAGAUGCAUUGUAGGGUUCUGGGGCUUCCAUGGUUACGGGUGCAGACCGUGUGACUGUACAGGUGGGGACUGUGACCCCUACACCGGGGACUGCUUGUCUGGCUCAGAUCUGGACGUGUACUAUACAGGAGGUGACAGCCACAUACACAGAGGACCUAGCAGUAGUGAGCUAGCAACACUGUUUAGGGUGGAGGAGCUGUUCUCUGCACUGCACCACUCUGAGAAAUGUCAGUGUAAGGUGGUGCCUAUAGGCAGCCCCAAACUCUUCUGUGCCAACGAGUAUGACUACGUGCUGAUGGUGAGGAUCAUUGCGGCCCGUGAUCAGGGCUCCCAUGCUGAGGUGGAGGUUAAGGUAAAGAAGGUCCUGUACCACGGCAGCCAGGUGAACAUCAAGAAAGGUCACAUCACCCUCUACCCAGAAUCCUGGACCACCCGAGGGUGCACCUGCCCCCUCCUUAACCCAGGAUCAGAGUAUCUGGUGGGGGGCCACGAGGACCGGAGGACGGGUCGUCUGCUGGUGAACACCAAGAGCCUGGUCAAACCCUGGAGGCCCAGCCUGGGACGCAAGCUCCUGCACCUCCUCAACAAACACUGUAGCUCCUCCUCCUCCUCUUCCUCUUCAAGGAAGACUGCAGCAGAGAGACUGCAGAAUGCAAACGUCUUUAGUCUGCAGAAGAAAAACUAGAGCCAUGGAACAAGAUGAAGAGAGGGAUGGAGAGUUAAAAGUUAUCCAUGUUUUGGUGGAUUGCAUGAGAAGGACGAUGAGCCGAAUAUAAAGACGUGUGAGAGUGUAUUUUUGGACGAAUGUGGGCUGGACAUGGGGAUACAGCCACAGCUUGGGCAAUAUGGGGAAAGCAGAACUCUUUUGCCAUUCAGGGCCUCAUUUGCCUGUUUCAUCCACAGACCCACGGAACACAUUUCUGAAACGAUGACCUCCACGGCAGGACCAUGAUGGAUAGUGUUCUGUGCUGAAUGGCACUGUGUGGCUCAGUUGGAAAGAGCAUGGCGCUGGCAACACUGAGGUUGUGGAUUCAAUUCCUGCAGGGAUCAUAAACAAAAACAUAUGCAAAAAAAUGUAUGCACUCACUGUAUUGCACGUCACUUUGGUUAAACGCGUGAGUCUGCUUAGUGGUAUAUAUUGGAUUAUAUAAUAUGAUGACAGGCAGCUGCACAGAGACAGAGUACAGACUCUCGUCUCCUUUUCUACAGGAAGAGGAAGAUACGUUUCCAAAGGGAAGACCAGAUAUCCUGAGUGAAGGUUUACUGUCUGAGGAAGAUUGAUUGAUUGAUUGAUCUGACUUCUCAUUCUGAUCUUGGAUGUUCCAGUCCCAAAGACAUAAGAGCCAAUGGGCUGGUGUUUAAAUCCACUUUAGAUUUGUCUCAGACUAUAGUUGAAACCAAGACAAAUAUAGAACCAAAAGGAUAUUAUUAAUGAAUGUUUUAUCAUACUGUCUAUCAAAUGACAGAGAUCUCUAUCUUCUAUGAUUAGCCUUCUGAUCUAUCCAAGGUUUUAUGUUUGGAGUCCUGAUGUUUGUAUCCUCAGUUCCUGGAGUUAUUGGCAGUAAACCUGCAGAAGCAUCA